AUGGCGUUUUUACACAAGAAGACAGCACCGUCUUUUGUGUGCCUGUCGCUCUUCUUCGUGGUAGCUGCUUCUGCACGCGAAACUCCCGGAGAGAAAAUAUGGGAAGGUAUUGUCGGUGUUGGGCAGGUGACAGGGGAGGGAAUCAAGUACGUUGGUGAUACCGCCUCUAAAUUGGGAAAGGACUUGAGAGAUGACCCCGUCGAGGCUGCGAAAGCUAGAACGCAAGCCGCAAGGAAUGCAGCCACUGAGUCUGUUGAGUCGUUGAAGAGGCUGGCGAAGGAUGCCGCAGACCGUGCAACGGAUUCCUUUGGAGCUGUAAGGGACGAAGCAGCAAAGAAGGCUGGUGCAGCUCACGAGAAAGCCAAGGACUGGGUGGAAGAUACUAAGGCAGGAGCUGCAGGGAAAGCAGAAGAAUUCAAAAGGAAGCUACAGGACACUGGGGAUAGCGCCAAGGAUGCAGCAUCAUCCUGGUGGGGCAAAGGAAGCACAGCUGUGAAAGACAAGCUUGAUGAAGCAAGCAGUUACGCCGCUGAGGGCGUAGAAAAGGCAAAGGGCACAGCCUCUUCUUGGUGGGACACAGCUUCUGAAGGCGCCAAAGAGCACGCAGAAGACCUGAAGACGAAGGCGGCCAACGCAGGAGAGCACGUGAAGGAGAAGGGAUCGUCAUGGUGGCACAGUAUUUCCUCUGGCGUCGGCGACGCAGCUGAAGAGGCAAAAGAUCGGGCCGCACGUACUGCCUCAUCAGUCUGGGAGAAUGCUGAAAACAAGGCUGACCAAGCUAAGGAUACAGCGUCCUCCUGGUGGCGCAAGGCAAAAGGCUCUUCUGAGGAUUUGAGUGCUGCUGCAAGUGCGUCGGCAGACAACGUCAGGGAUGGAGCCUGGUCUUUCUGGAGUGGAACUAAGAAGAAGACAGAGGAUAUGAAAGAUGGGGCCGCGGAAGCGGUAAAACGUGCAAAGGACAAAACUUCGUCGCUGUGGAGCUCGGUUGAAGAUGCUGGAAAAGAUCUUAAGGGAACAGCGGAUGAGGCGGCGAGGCGCGCUGCAGAUACAAAGGAGAACGCAAGAGAGACUGCUUCGUCGUGGUGGAGUCGUGGGAAGGAUAAGGUGGACGAGACAAAGGAGAGUUUAGAAGAUGCAGCAGAAACGGCCAAGAAGUCUGCGUCAUCGUGGUGGGGAAGCACCGGAGAGAAGGUAAAGGACGCACAAGAACGAAUGCAGGAUACAGGGGCGUCCUGGUGGCAUGCAGCCACCGACGCAAAAGACGCCGCGCACAAGAAUGCGAAAGACGCCACGCGACAGGCAUCAUCAUGGUGGAAAACAGCAGCAGAGAAAGCCGACGAGGUUGGAGAGAAUGCACGAGGCUCAGCGUCCACCUGGUGGCACCUCGGGGGGAAUAGAGCACCAUUUGACGAAGACACGCUACCAAAGGCAAAAGACAAAGCGAAGUCGUGGUGGGAGAGUGCAAAUGUGAAGACUUCAGAAACAAAGGAUGCCAGAAAAGAAGCAGAGGCCAAAGCAGCAGAAGGCAACGCUUCCUGGUGGAGCAAACUUACUGGCAGCACGAAGGGUGCCACCGACGACCACGGACAGAAUCUCUCGAAAACGCCGAAUGAGAGAGAGGGCGACUCAUUGCAGCUUUCUUCUAAUCUGGAGCAGCAAACUAUUGAUGAAAAGAAACGGCACGAUCAGAAGAAGAGAGAGGAGCACUAG